AUGGAUCUGGCGCAGCGCCCACCCUACAGCACAAUUGAUUUCAAAGCACUUACCAAGGCCGAUCCGGACUUCAAGCGAAUAUGGCAAGCGUGCACUGGCAAGCUUGACUUCCAGGACCCGACUACUCUUCAGACUCUUUCCACUGCUAUUCUGAGGGUCCACUUCAAUCUCGAGCUUUCUUUGCCACAUAACCGGCUCUGCCCGCCAAUACCAAACCGUUGGAACUAUGUUUCCUGGAUGCAAGGACUGCUUGACUCUACAUCACCCUCCUACUCCAACAAGUAUGAGUCCGAGAGAGAAGUCACUGGCUUGGAUAUCGGCACGGGCGCCUCGGGUAUUUACGCAAUGUUGUGCAUGAGGAGCAGGCCAAACUGGAUUAUGUGCGCAACCGACAUCGACAAGACCUCCUUCGAGUCGGCAGCUGCGAACUUUGCUAAAAACAACCUUCUUAGCAGGACGAAGAUGCUGCAAACCACUCCGUCAAUGCCGCUUAUCCCCCUCGAGGGACUAGGCACAAAGCAGCUUGACUUCACACUCUGUAAUCCUCCCUUCUUCGUUGACUCUGCCGAGAUGGAGAUAUCUCUGAGCGGCGAGGGAAAGGCUACAGGACCGAACGCCAUCUGUACCGGCUCUAACAAUGAGAUGGUCUGCCCCGGCGGCGAUCUUGGCUUCGUCACACGCAUAGUCGAGGAGUCGCUCAUUCUUCGAGACAAGGUGACCUGGUACAGCAGCAUGCUCGGCAAACUCUCAAGUGCCAAGGCGAUUAUCGAGCUCCUCAAAUCGCACAAUAUCACAAAUUGGGCUGUGGGUGUACUUGAGCCCGGCACGAAGACGGGGACGAAGAGGUGGAUCGUGGCAUGGAGCUUUGGCAACCUGCGACCGCGUAACAGCAUUGCUCGUCCGCCUGGCGGCAGCUUUCCACACGAGCUCUUACCCUUUCCGACGACGUACAGCAUUCCGCUGCCUUCCUCAAUCACGGGCUCUGCUGCAUGUGACAAGGUGGAUGAUCAGAUAUCUGCCCUAGACCUAAGCUGGAAGUGGGAUACAACAACAUCGAGUGGCGUCGGCGUCGCGUCAGAGAAUGUCUGGGGCAGGGCGUAUAGAAGGGCUUACGAACGACGGAAGCGAGAGGGUCUGGCCGAAGUGGGGAAUGACACUCUGAGCAAACAGACAAAACUCGCCUUCCGCAUCACAGUCGUGCCCUUAGCUGGCGAGAUCACUCUAGAGUGGCUGAGAGGGAACGACCAAGUUCUGUGGGAGAGUUUGUGUGGGUGUGUGCACCGAUGGUUCAAGGCUUGA